UUGAUGUGUCGCGAUUGCCCGAUUGUUAGUUUCACUAUUUUGUAAAUUUGAUGAAAGAAAACAAUUAUUAAAUAACAUAAAUAUACAAAUUAAAGAAAGCAAAACUUAUUACAGCUUUCAAUGAUACGAACAUGGACGACAGAAACAUGGAAUCGAGCUGUUCCACUUGUAACGAGAUUGAUGGUGAACAUUUCAAGAGCAUUAUACAUAUUGAUUUAGAUUGUUUCUACGCACAAGUGGAAAUGGUGCGAAACCCCGAACUCCGUGAUGUACCGCUCGGUAUCCAACAGAAGAACAUUGUAGUGACGAGUAAUUACGAGGCAAGGAACUACGGAGUUAGUAAAUGUAUGCUCGUUACUGACGCACUUAAGGUUUGUCCAAAUUUGAAACUUGUAAAUGGUGAGGAUUUACAUAGUUACAGAACUGCAUCAGGCAAGGUGUUUUUAGUGUUGCAAGGUUGGCGGUGUCCCGUUGAAAAACUUGGAAUGGAUGAAAAUUUCAUUGAUGUGACAAGUCUUGUGGAGGAAAAAUUAAAAAAUGCAAACUUAAAUGAUCUCAUAGUUAUGGGCCAGCUAUAUAGUGAACCGAGUGCUGAAUGCCCAUGUGGUUGUCACAACAGACUAAAAAUAGCAUCACAAAUUGCAAAUGAAAUGAGGAAGAAAAUUUAUGAUGAGUUGGGUUACACAACUUGUGCCGGAAUAGCUCAUAACAAGUUGUUGGCUAAACUAAUUUGUCCCCUGCAUAAACCUAACAACCAGACCACAAUAUUCCCUCAACAUGGAGCCAAUUACAUGUCUACUCUGACUAGUGUCCGGUCCAUUCCAAGUAUUGGCUCCAAAACAAUGGAAGCAUUAAUUUCUCAGAAGAUAAUAUCGGUCAGUGACUUACAAGAAGCUCCUUUAGAGAUUCUGAAAAAACAUUUCAGCAGUGAUAUGGCUGUUAGAUUGAAAAGUUUAAGUUUAGGAGAGGAUAAUACUCCAGUAAAGCAAAGUGGAAAACCUCAGAGCAUAGGAUUGGAGGAUAGUUUCAAAACUGUAAGUGUAAAAAGUGAGGUGGAGGAUAAAUUCUCUGCUCUGCUACAGAGAUUAUUAGUACUUGUAAGAGAAGAUGGUCGCAUUCCAGUUUCGGUGAGGGUAACUUUACGUAAGAAGGAUGCUAAAAGAUUAAGCAGUCAUAGGGAAUCAAGACAAAGUCAGAUUUCUCCAUCUAUCUUCACACUAAGCAGUGGUGUGUUGACUGUAACAGAAGCUGGUCAGCAAAAAUUGAUGGCCAUAAUAAUGAGAUUAUUCACUAAACUUGUUGAUUUAUCUAAACCAUUCCAUUUGACUUUGGUGGGACUAGCGUUUACCAAGUUCCAAGAACGAAUGACAGGCAGGAGUUCCAUUGUAAACUACUUAAUGAAUGACAUUUCUGUUCAGUCAGUUCUCAACUUACAAAAUGAUGGUGACGCUUCAAUUACUUCAAUGGACUAUUCUGCUGCAUCUCCAAGUAGCAGUACCACUACAGAUCUCUCUGAUGCAGAAAUUGAGCCAUCACCUAAAAAACCUAAGAAAGUUAAUUGGAUUGCAAAGAAGCGGUGCCUAGCCAAGGAAGAAGUUGCAUCACCAAGUAAACUGAAAGUUGGUGAACUUAGACUUAAUUCUAAAGAGCUAGAAAAAGUCUCAGAGUUGAGGUUAAAUUCAAGAGAUCGAUCUCUUACUCCUCGAGCAAGCCCCGCUAAAGACAACUUUUCUGAUGCUUCAGAUUCUAUGAAGGACCUAGAAGAUGGAGCUUGUAAUGAUUGUCCAAGUUAUGUUGAUAAAGAAGUGUUUAGUGCUCUCCCUGAUGACAUGCAACAGGAACUUAAAUCAAUGUGGAAGAACCCUACUAGUUCUGAGAAAACCAGGAGUAGUCCAAGAAAGAACAAAUCAAAACCCAACUCUAUAAUGAAAUAUUUUGUUCCACAAAAAUAGUAUUAAAAAUAUUUUAUCUUGUUAUUAACGUUAAGUGAAAAGUGAAUGGUUUCUAUUUUUUCAAAUCAUACAAUUUUAUUCAGCUGAAAAUACAUGUUUAUGUUA